AUGAGUGCGCCGGCCUUUUCGGACGCCACUCUUACUCGUGAAUCCCAAAGUUCUGACUUUGAAUUGACCAUUCGCCAGCAGCCUGAACGGGCGCGCGUGGCUGGUGGGAAAGAGAAAGAGCGGAAGCCCGUUGAUCCUCCACCGAUUGUUCAACUUCGCGUGAGAGAGGAGGGCACUUACCUUGCUCAGCACUACUUGCAAAGUCCUUAUUAUUUCAUGUGCUGCAGCUUAUGGGAUGCAACGGAAGAUCAAGCGGUUCCCGUUCCGCCGUCGACUGCAUUAGCAGGAACCUUGGUCUCUUCCCUUCAUCGCUUAAAAGACGUGGACAAUAAUGAUGGAGGAUUUUUCGUGUUUGGGGACUUGUCUGUCAAGCUCGAGGGCGAUUUUCGUCUCAAAUUCACUCUGUUCGAAAUGCGAAAGGACAACGUGGCUUGCUUGAAGUACAUCGUUUCUGAGCGUUUCACUGUAUCACCACCCAAAAGCUUCCCGGGUAUGGGAGAGUCGACAUUCUUGUCUAGGUCUUUCGCGGACCAGGGUGUGAAGUUAAGAAUACGCAAAGAACCUCGAGCGCUCAUGAAACGGCCGGUUCCACGACCUGAGGAGUACCCCCAGCCUCUCCCUCCUCGCUCACCAGACCGCUCGUCGAUGUCGAUACCAGGGACUGCUUUUGCCGGCUAUCCAAGUCGAGACUACACCUACAUGCAGCCGGGACCGGCCAAACGUCAGCGUACUUCGUCAAUUGACUACGGCACGUAUCCGCAGGCUGCGACCAUGUACCCGAAUCAGCCGGGAGCUUAUCAAACGCCGAUCUUACAGGGCUACAACCCAGGGGUAGCGGAUUUUCGUCAAGGAGGGCCUGCUGCGAUAACUCCGUCACCGUACGGCUCUCCGGAGGAAUCUAUGCUGGGAGUGAGACCGGGUUCCAGAUAUGUGCAGCCUUCUUACCCUGCUUUUACCGACGCAUACGGUCUCCCGUCCGCACAAGUUCCCACGUUGCCGGAUCGGUCCAGUCAACAAGCUACUAUGCAAUCUUUGGGGAUGCAGCCUGGCACUCCGACCGCAGAUCCUACAGCAGCGAUGAUGCCUCAGAGUUACGCUCGGCCACAGUAUCAGCCAAACACCUUGCCUCCAUUGAGCCGCCUUCCUCAAACCACAAACGGUGGAGCCACACGAGGGUAUUUCGAACAACCGUCCCAUGGAACCACCCCUAUUCUUCCGUCACAACAGCCCAUUGCUACAAAUGAAGAACGGUAUAGUGCUGCGCCGGGUGCGACAGGCUUUGAGCCUCCUGGUUCAUCUAAUGGGACGCCCAGAUAA